GUUCUCAACCUUUUCAUUGCACUACUGCUGAAUUCCUUCAGUACCGACUCUCUCCAGACGGCAGAGGAUGAUGGAGAGUUGAACAAUCUUCGCAUUGCCUUUGCUCGGAUUCACAAGGGAUUUCACUUUUUGAAGAGUGUUACCUGGGAUACCUGUUGUGGCAAGCUCAGGCAUCUAAAGAAAUCCCACAGGAAGAAAAUCAAACUGACAGCACAGAACCCACUUGGGAUCAAGUGUGAAGAAAUAAAGAAUCAUAAAGAGAAUUACCAUAAUGAAUGGGCUGAGAAGAAUGGGGACAAAUGCUCAGGACUUGAAGAUUUUAUUUUCAAUCCCAAUGUAUUUGUUUGCGUCCCUAUUGCUGAGGCAGAGAAUACAAGUGAGGGUUUUGAAGAUGAUGAUAAACUGAGCACAUUUACAGAUGUAGAAUACAGCAAACAGUUUGCCAGUGUCAGCCCUUCCGAGGGCAGCACAGUGGAUCUGACAAAUCCUGAAGAUCUUUUGAAGCAGAUUUCAGAGCUUGCUGAAGACUUUAAGACUCCAGAAAAAUGUUUUCCAGAAGGUUGUGCUCGAUACUUUCAUUGUUAUACAGGUAGUGCCACAAAGUUUGGAGGAGAAACAUGGUGGAAUCUGAGAAAAAUCUGCUACCAGAUUGUUGAACAUUCCUGGUUUGAAUCUUUUAUCAUAUUCAUGAUUCUUCUGAGUAGCGGAGCCUUGGCAUUUGAAGACAUCCAUAUAAAUGAGAGAAGAAGCAUUAAAAAUAUGUUGGCAUUUCUUGACAAAAUGUUCACUUUCAUUUUCGUUCUGGAAAUGCUCCUGAAAUGGUUGGCUUAUGGCUUCAAGAAGUAUUUCACCAAUGCCUGGUGCUGGCUGGACUUCUUCAUUGUAGCUAUCUCUUUAAUAAACCUCUUAGGCAGCUCAGUUGGUCCCAUGAAAUCUCUUAGGACUCUCCGAGCUCUGAGACCCUUAAGAGCAUUGGCACGGUUUGAGGGAAUGAGGGUGGUUGUCAAUGCCCUGCUGGGAGCCAUCCCUUCCAUCAUGAACGUUCUGCUUGUCUGCCUCAUCUUCUGGCUUAUCUUUAGCAUCAUGGGAGUGAACCUCUUUGCUGGGAAGUUUGGGAAAUGUGUCAACCUGACAGAAGAAGAUUCGGAUUUAAAUGAUUCGAUCAAAAACAUGACAGACUGUGGAAUGUAUAAUAACACGGGAAAAAUAUUCUGGGUCAAUGUUAAAGUCAACUUUGAUAACGUUGGCUCUGGCUACCUGGCUCUUCUUCAGGUGGCAACAUUUAAGGGUUGGAUGGAAAUCAUGUAUGCAGCCGUAGAUUCACGAGAGAAAAAUGAGCAGCCAGAAAUGGAGUACAACGUAUUUAUGUAUCUCUACUUUGUGAUCUUCAUCAUCUUUGGAUCUUUCUUUACCCUGAAUCUAUUUGUUGGCGUUAUUAUUGACAACUUCAACCAACAAAAGAAAAAGAUAAGUGGGGAAGAUAUCUUUAUGACGGAAGAACAGAAAAAAUAUUACAAUGCAAUGAAAAAGUUGGGAUCCAAGAAACCUCAAAAACCUGUUCCAAGACCACUGAACAGAUACCAAGGGUUCCUUUUUGACAUUGUAACACGCCAAGCCUUUGACGUUGUCAUCAUGAUUCUCAUCUGCCUUAACAUGGUCACGUUGAUGGUGGAAACCUAUGACCAAAGUGAAACAAAGACUAACGUCCUUAAUAAAAUUAAUACGCUCUUCGUAAGCAUCUUUACUGCAGAAUGUGUGCUGAAAUUGCUGGCUCUGAGGCAGUACUAUUUCUCAAAUGCGUGGAACAUAUUUGAUUUAGUUGUUGUGAUCAUGUCACUUGUUGCCUUACUGCUUUCUGGCAUUGGUACCGCUUUCGAACGUUUAUUACCACCUACGCUCUUCAGGGUCAUUCGCUUGGCUCGGGUUGGACGAAUAUUGAGACUCAUCAGGGCUGCUAGAGGAAUUCGAACUCUGCUUUUUGCCUUAAUGAUGUCCCUGCCUGCUCUGUUCAACAUUGGCCUCUUGCUCUUUCUGGUCAUGUUCAUUUAUGCUAUUUUUGGUAUGGCUAACUUUGCUUAUGUGAAGAUGGAAGAUGGCAUUGAUGACAUGUUCAACUUCCAAACGUUUGCUAACAGCAUGCUCUGUCUUUUCCAAAUCACCACGUCAGCUGGCUGGGAUGGACUUCUCAGUCCUAUUUUAAACACUGGGCCACCAUACUGUGAUCCAACUGUAAAUGGUACUGUAGGUGAAUGUGGUAAACCUGCCAUAGGCAUUAUUUAUUUUGUAAGUUACAUCAUUAUAUCUUUUCUCAUUGUCGUAAACAUGUAUAUAGCUGUUAUUCUGGAGAACUUCAAUGCUGCUACUGAGGAAAGUGCAGAGCCUCUAGGGGAAGAUGACUUCGAUAUCUUUUAUGAAAUCUGGGAGAAGUUUGAUCCUGAGGCAACUCAGUUCAUAACUUUCUCUGCACUUUCAGACUUUGCAGAUGCUCUGGCUGAACCUUUACGUGUACCAAAACCAAACAAAGUUGAACUCAUAGCAAUGGACCUGCCUAUGGUCAGUGGAGACAGGAUCCACUGCUUGGAUAUCUUGUUUGCUUUUACCAAACGAGUGUUAGGAGAUUCUGGGGUGCUGGAUACUCUAAAAGUACAAAUGGAGGAGAAAUUCAUGGCUGCCAAUCCAUCAAAGAAAUCCUAUGAGCCGAUUUCUACUACACUCAGACACAGACAAGAGGAAAUUUGUGCCAUCAUCAUCCAGCGUGCCUACAGGAAUCAUUUACUGCUACGCUCCAUAAAGCAGGCUUCUUACCUAUAUCAUCACAGAACUUGCAAUAUUGACGCUGUUGGAGAUGCUGCUCCAGAACAAGAAGGACUUAUUGCAUCUAUGAUAGAUAAAAACUAUGGCAGGAGUCCUGAUAAGUCUGAAACUUUGUCCUCAGCAUCCUUUCCUCCAUCAUAUGACAGUGUCACAAGAGCCAAUAGUGGCAAUCUCAUGGUUGAGAAUGGAGAAAUUCUAUGUAAUCAACAAUCUCCAGAUAUUAAGUAG